CCGUCAACCAACGGUAUGAAGUGGUAAUAGGCCAGGAGGGACGCAUGUAGUUACUAUUUCUGUCGACUGGGCGUCGAUUAGCGGAAAGGUGGACUCAAUAGUCUCCCAAAUCGAGCUGAAGUCACUGCGCUUCCACAGCUGGCUCGUAUUGUGCAGAGAGAAACGUUGUUGCCUUGGGGGGGAGAUGCCAGGAUCUCCAGCGCCACCAUCGCCAAUGUCUGUCCUCUUCUGAAGGCAGCAGCAAAAACACCCACAUUCAAAUACCGCAGCCAUGUCCACUCGAGAGUGUUGCAGAGGAUCUUCUAUCUUCCUACCUCAUCAGUUUACUUAAAUAUAUAUAUAUAUAUAUAUGUACAUAUCCCAUUCAGGAACACCCCCUCAAUUGCAUCAUCUCAUUCAACCCUAGCAGUUAUGGCAUCCAUCCUCCUCCAACACCAAGACUCAAUUCCAGCAGAGAGCACCGGGCCCACUCCCAAGGACGCCACGCCAGCAAGCACACAGACACGGACACUCUUCGACCUGCCCCCGGAGAUCCACCUCCUCAUAAGCAAGCAGCUCAUCUACCCAGACGCCCUCUCCCUCAAGCACACGAGCGGCUACUUCUUCUACCUGGUCGACACGGGCGUCAAACUCAAGAUCGACUGGCUCGUCGAGCGCCGCCGCCUCCACCUUGAGUGUCCCAACAACCGGCGAUGCGACCUAGGCAGCGACCUGCGGUUCUGCCGGGGCAGCGUGAGGCUUCUCAUGCAGCGGCGGAGGGAGCAUGUCGAGUGCGAGUCCCGGCCCGGUCUCGGGUGUCUCGUCUACGGAACCAGCACGUGCACGCACCGCCGCAAGCUCAGCGCGAGGGUGAAGCGCUGGCUGCGGACCCGGCUCACCGUCGAGAUGUGGUGGGUGCUGCUUGCCAUUGUGCCCGUGGCGUGCUGCUGGUUGUGGAUGACUGAGCUGGUGUUCUGAAUCCGUUCUCGUCGUUAGCGUUUUGUACCUUGCGUGUUAUAUUAUAGUUGCUACCGGUUCCAUAGCGCUGGGUCGUUUAGGACUCGCAAUCUAAUUUCCUCGUUGGAGGAGUGUUUAGCUGUGAGGCAAGAUCCAUCGAGGGAUUCAACAUUGGGCGCAGAGGCAACUUCUGUUCGGAUUGGAGUGCUUCUAAUGUUAGGGAUACGCAUCACUGGAGAAGCAUAUUUAUAACAGAGUCACGGCGUUAUCCAUCAAUGCAUCGCACAGGUUUUGGAUGCCCGAAUGCAGUAGUCAGAAAGGCAUGAACGAAGUCUUUGAAAUCUGGACUAAUGUGUCAUAUUUGAAUCUUGUUCCAAGUUCUUGGGCGAUAGCAUAGAGGC